ACAGCUGAGGCGGUGGAGGCGGUGGCGGCCAUUUUGGAGCAGGGCGCGGGGCCGGACGCACGGAGGGAGCGCGGAGCCCCCGCCUUGCCACCAUGGCAGCUCCGCUCGGUACCGGCGCCUUCACGGAGGAGACCGGGCAGGAGAAACAGGACACUCAGGAGAAGGACAAAUCCAUCCCCCCUGAGAGGGCAGAGGAGGCCAAGCUCAAGGCCAAAUACCCCAACCUGGGCCAGAAGCCUGGAGGCUCUGAUUUCCUCAUGAAGAGGCUGCAAAAAGGGCAAAAAUACUUCGAUUCUGGUGACUACAACAUGGCCAAGGCAAAGAUGAAGAACAAGCAGCUGCCAAGUGCAGGGCCUGACAAGAACCUGGUGACAGGAGACCACAUCCCCACACCCCAGGACCUGCCACAGAGAAAGUCCUCACUGGUCACCAGCAAGCUGGCAGGGUAGCCUGCACUCUCAGCUCUCUUUUUGUCUCUUUUCUUUUGGCUAAAUGGAUUGAACUUCACUGUACCAUAGGGAUGGGAGCACCAGAAUCCACGUAGUUGUUUGAGUCUUUCCAGCAAACACACCCCAGACCCGAGGGGGGCAGGGUUGGGUUGGCCCUUCCUCUCAGAGAGGCUUUGCCUUAAUUUUCCUGCUGUUUGAAAGCAUCCCUGGAAUGUUCCCUCCUGCUGGGAGAGCCCUGGGAGGAGCAGGAGAGGCCUGGGGGAGGCACCUGCAGGAGGGGACAGUGUGGGGCUGAGGUGUGGGAAGGGAUUUCAGGCCUUGGGGGUCACAGGGACUGACCCAGCUGGGCAGGAGGUGUGAUCCUAGAUCUGGGAAAUGUGAUCUCAGGUCUGGGAAGUGAUCUCAGGUCUGGAAAGUGAUCUCAGAUCUGGAAAGUGAUCUCAGAUCUGGAAAGUGUGAUCCCAGAUCUGGGAAAUGUGAUCCCAGACCUGGAAAGUGAUCUCAGAUCUGGAAAAUGUGAUCUCAGAUCUGGAAAGUGAUCUCAGAUCUGGAAAGUGUGAUUUCAGAUCUUGAAAGUGUGAUCCCAGAUCUGGAUAGUCAUCCUAGAUCUGGCAGGUGUGAUCCCAGGUCUGGGAAGUGUGAUCCCAGACCUGUAAAGUGUGAUCCCAGAUCUGGCAGGUAUGAUCCCAGGUCUGGCAGUGGUGAUCCCAGGUCUGGCAGGUGUGAUCCCAGAUCUGGCAGUGGUGAUCCCAGACCUGUAAAGUGUGAUCCCAGAUCUGAAGGCACAGUCAGGUGUGUGUGUGUUAGAGCUUCACACUGAAGAAAUUGGCUGAGAUGAAAAAAAUUCCAGGGGUUUUUUUUCUUGGGCUGAGCUGCCUGGGAUCUGCCCCUGGCUCAGCCCACAGGGGACAAGCCCAGUGGGUGUGGGAGAGGGGCUGGGCAGGGUUUGGAACAUCCUGGUGGCAGUUUGGGGGCAGAGCCCCAGCAGAGCUGGUUUGGCUGGAGGGGCCUGAGUGGAUUUGGCCAGAGGCUCAGCUGCCAGGCCAUGGGGCAGUGUCUGGGUCCUGCUCUCUGCUCAGUGGGGCUGUGUCUGCCCAAGGACAGCUCAGGGGUGUGAGUGCAGCAGGAGCUCAGGGCACAGCAGGGCCCUGCAGCCCCAGCCUGCUCCCACCCUUGGGUGCUCACAGAGAGGAGCAGGGAUGGGGAUUUGUGCUGCUGGAACUGAGAAUAAAGGGAGAGAGGCAGGACUGGGAUGCAGAAAGGGAUAAAAACCACCAGAGUGGAAUUUGAAGGGUGUUGAGGCAAACCUGAGUUUUGAAAGUGUUGGGCAUCCCAAGCUUGGAUUUGAUUUUUUUCUCAUUUUUUCCCCUUGUUGUGUUUUCUUUGUCUCAAGCCUGGGAAAAAAAAAAAAAACAGAGCCCCCAAACUAACAGCAACAUCCCAACAAAAAGCCCCAAAGCUGCCAAGCUGCUGCUGCAGCCCUGCAGAAGCCCCCAGGCUGGGGGUGGCACUGUCCCUUCCUCAUGUGGCUCCUUUGUUCUGGGAAAUGUGGGCACAGCUGUGCCAGGGCAUCCUGAAACCUGCCCCAGUUUCUGGGAGCACAAGGGCCAAAGGAAGGGAGGCAGGAGUGAGGGAUGUCCUUGCUGGGUUAUUCUGGGUGUUCCUGCUCACCUGGGCGUUCCCUGGGUCACCUGUGUCACUUGUGUCACCUGGGUCACUUCCCUGCUGCUGCUUGGACCGAGGUGUUGCUUCCCAGGAGUGUUUGCCCAGGGUGUGCUGGAAUGUGGUUCCUGGAUCCUACCGUGAGAAACAGGCUCUGCUGGCCCUGGGGCUGCUCUGAGGAAGGGAUGAGGAAUGUGGGGGUUGGGAGCUGUCCCUUGUCCCCACAGGGUCCUGCUCUGGGCUCCAGCACUUUCCCAGCCCCUGUGUGACCUGGCUGGGGCAGUGGCUGCACACCCUCCUUGGAUGUCCUGCUGUCUGACCCAGCCAUGUUGUAAAUAGGUACAAAUAUAUAAAAUAUAUAUAUAUAUAAUUUUUUA